UUUCACCGAGUUGGACCUCGGCUUCGCUUUGGAGCCUUCGGCGUAUGGUCUGACCAGGCAGCCCCGGACAUCUCUGGGUCCCCCCAUGGAGACCUGCCGAGGGGUGAUGGUGGCCUGGGCUGUCAGCCUCCUGACAGGAGUCUGUGAUACCUUCAACAUCGAUACCAAGAAGCCAAGGAUUAUCCCCGGCUCCAAAGAAGCAUACUUCGGCUACACAGUUCAACAGCAUGAAAUCAAUGGGAAGAAAUGGCUAGUGGUAGGAGCUCCCUAUGAGAUCAAUGGGCCCCAAAAAACGGGAGAUGUCUACAAGUGUUCAGUGAACGGCAAGACCAACAGCACCUGUUCCAAGCUCAAUCUAGGAAGAGUAACGCUUUCCAAUGUGUCGGAACGAAAGGAUAACAUGCGCCUGGGUCUCAGCUUAACCACCAACCCCAAAGACAACAGCUUUUUGGCUUGCAGCCCUCUGUGGUCUCAUGAGUGCGGAAGUUCCUACUACACCACAGGCAUGUGCUCCAGAGUGAACUCCAACUUCAGAUACUCCAAGUCAGUGGCUCCAGCUCUCCAGAAAUGCCAGACAUACAUGGAUAUAAUUAUCGUACUGGAUGGAUCUAACAGCAUCUACCCCUGGGCAGAAGUUCAACAUUUCCUGAUAAGAAUCUUGAAGAAAUUUUACAUUGGACCAGGCCAGAUACAGGUUGGAGUUGUCCAGUAUGGAGAGGAUGCUGUCCAUGAAUUUCACCUGAACGAUUAUAGGUCUGUAAAGGAUGUGGUAGAAGCUGCUAAACACAUCGAGCAGAGAGGGGGGACUGAAACCCGAACGGCCUUUGGAAUAGAGUUUGCCCGCUCAGAAGCAUUUCAGAAAGGAGGGAGGAAGGGUGCAAAGAAGGUUAUGAUUGUUAUCACUGAUGGAGAAUCUCACGACAGCCCAGAUCUUGAGAAGGCCAUUGAAGGCAGCGAAAAGGACAACGUCACCAGAUACGCCGUGGCCGUCCUUGGUUAUUACAACAGGAGAGGGAUCAACCCUGCAGCCUUUUUGAAAGAAAUCAAAUAUAUAGCGAGUGACCCAGAUGAAAAACAUUUCUUUAACGUCAGUGACGAGGCUGCCCUUAAAGAUAUCGUGGAUGCUCUUGGGGAGAGGAUUUUCAGCUUAGAAGGCACCAACAAAAAUGAAAUAUCCUUCGGCCUGGAAAUGUCCCAGACUGGAUUUUCAUCCCAUAUUGUGGACGAUGGCAUUCUGCUUGGAGCCGUUGGUGCCUAUGACUGGAAUGGCGCCGUCCUCAAGGAGACCAGCAGCGGCAAAGUGGUUCCUCACCGAGAAUCCUACCUGGAAGAGUUUCCAGAUGAACUGAAAAAUCAUGGCGCCUAUCUUGGCUACACUGUCACCUCCGUGGUGUCCACAAGACUCGAAAGGAUUUACGUAGCAGGAGCCCCUCGAUUCAACCACACGGGAAAAGUGAUUGUUUUCACAAUGCACACAAACCGAAGCCUCACCAUCCACCAAUCACUGACCGGAGAGCAGAUCGGUGCCUACUUUGGAAGUGAAAUCAGUUCGGUAGAUGUUGAUGGGGAUGGAAUCACAGACAUUCUCUUGGUUGGAGCUCCCAUGUAUUUCAGCGAAGGGAGAGAGAGAGGAAAGGUCUACAUCUACAGCUUAAAAGAGAACCAGUUUGUCCCCAAUGGAGCUCUGAAGGACUUGCCCGGCUAUCAGAAUUCCAGGUUUGGAUCCUGCAUUGCCUCUGUGCCUGACCUGAACCAGGAUUCCUACAGCGAUGUAGUUGUCGGAGCACCUCUGGAGGAUGAGCACCAGGGAGCUCUGUAUAUCUUCCACGGUUAUAGGGAAAAUCUGAUCCGGAGAUAUAAGCAGAGAAUUGCAGCUGUUGACCUUUCUCCAGGCUUUAUGUAUUUUGGGAGCAGCAUCCAUGGAAACCUGGAUAUGAAUGAAGACAAGUUGGUGGAUCUGGCUGUGGGUUCCCGUGGAAGUGCCGUCCUAUUAUGGUCCCGCAGUGUGGUCCAAAUCAAUGCCACACUCCAGUUUGAGCCCUCCAAAAUCAACGUCUUCACCAAGGACUGUGUUCGGAAUGGGAAAGAGGCCACCUGCCUGUCAGCCUUUCUUUGCUUCACUGCCGUUUUUCUCUCCGCUCAUUUUCAGGCAGCUCACGUAGCAUUGAAUUACAACCUCACCAUUGAUGAACGACGCUAUUUCCCACGAGCUCACCUGGAUGCAAAUGGAGAGCGACUCGCCCACAAGGCAGCUGCCUUGCUUGCGGGGCAGGAACAUUGCGACAGGAUGGACUUUCAUGUCUUGGAUACGGCUGAUUAUGUGAAGCCAGUGACUUUCUCUGUCGAUUAUGCCCUAAAGAGUCCUGAGACUGGACCAGUGAUGGAUGAUGGUUGGCCAACUUCGCUGAAAGUUGCUGUCCCGUUCUGGAAUGGAUGCAACGAAGAUGAGCACUGCAUCCCUAAUUUGGUUCUGGAUGCUAAAACAGAUGUCCCAACUGCCAUGGAAUAUUGCAGACGGGUCCUGAGAAAAUCUCACUUGGAUUGCUCCGCCUACACGCUGUCUUUUGAUACCUCCAUUUUUGUCAUAGAGAGUGCCAGAAGGAGGGUAGCAGUAGAAGCCCUGUUGGAGAACAGAGGAGAAAAUGCAUAUAACACCAUUCUAAACAUUUCCUUCUCAAGAAACCUGCAGUUUGCAAGCUUGAUUCAGAAGGAUGACCCGGACAUUAACAUAGAAUGUAUGUCUGAGGAGAAGCAUUCAAACAGCAAACUUUGCAAUGUCAGCUACCCCUUCUUCCGAGCCAAAGCAAAGGUUGCUUUCCGCGUGGAUUUCGAGUUCAAAAAGUCAAUCUUCCUCCAAAACCUGGAGAUAUUUUUGAAUGCCAGCAGUGACAGCGAUGAACAAGAAACCACGAAAGAGGACAAUUCUGCUCUCCUCAAAUUUCAGCUGAAAUAUGAAACCGAUCUCCUUUUCACCAGGAGUUCCAGCCAGAACUAUUAUGAGAUCGAACCCAACAAUUCUCUGCAGACAUACGAUAGAAUUGGCCCACCAUUUAAUUGCACUUUUAAGCUACAGAAUCUGGGCCUCUUCCCUGUGGAUGGGAUAGUUAUCAAAAUCACAGUCCCGGUAGCCACACGAGGAGGGAAUCGCCUUCUGCAGCUAACAGGCUUCCAUGGACCAGAGAAUGGCAUGGUCUGCAAUAUUGGGGGCAAUAACACAGACUACCGAAGGACCCCCUCAGAUGAGGAUUUAGGCCGUCAUCCCCAGCUGAACUACAGUAAUUCUGAUGUGAUUUCAAUCGACUGCAGUGUGAAUCUGGCUGCCAAUGAAGAAGUCAGCUUCCUCUUAUAUGGAAAUUUGUGGAUGAGGACCCUAAGAAUGCUGAAAUUCAAGACCUUGAGAUUCAUCUUCAAUGCUGCCUUGCAGAGGGGGUUUCGGAGCGCCUUUGUCUUCAAAGAGGAGGAUCCCAGUCGCCAGAUUGCAUUUGAGAUCUCCAAAGUCGAAGAGUCCCACGUCCCCAUCUGGAUCAUAAUUGGGAGCACGCUAGGUGGUUUCCUGCUGCUGGCACUCCUAGUGCUGGCCCUUUGGAAGCUUGGUUUUUUUCAAAGCACCACCCGCAAGAGAGAUGCAAGCCAGGAUCAGACCGCCAAAGAUUUGGACUAAGGUUUCCAUGGUCCUGAGCAUAUAGGCCUGGAUUUUGUUCUUCUUUCUCACAAACAAGUUUACUUUGCUGCAUAGCCAGCCUUCGUUUGCCUUGAUCAGUUUCCCUGUUAGCUGAAAGUAACCCAGUUGCUCAGUGUCAUCCUGCAAAGGAGAAGCCUCCACCAGCAAGGACUUCAAACUGGUUUUGUUUCCUUCUGCCUAAGACACUGGAACUAUACAAUAAGGACGGGGAGAGAGUAGACCCACAAGGAGCAGCUUCCUCUUUAAAAUGACCUACUUGGGCCAUAAAGCUGAUGGAAAAGAGGCCAGAAGACUCUUCGAAGACCCUCUAACAAUCCUUUACAUGUCCACGGCAUGCGCAAAAUUGUUUGGGAGGAUAAUAUGCUUUUCGGUCUGCAUUUUCAGAGGGAGGAAAAACUUUGCUCUAAAAUAAAAAGAAGUGCAAAGUCUAAGAUUCACAGGGAUACUUGACCUUUCGCAUUCAAGCUGCCAAGGACAAACAGGCCAGGCAGAAGCCUCUGCAGUGCACUUCCUUAAAAACAAGUCACGUUGCUACGAUAAAAUGGCGUUUUAUUCCAGAUUACUUAGGGACUUAUAAAUCUUUAUGGACAAAAAUUGAUGCUUUCAAAUCAGAUCUGCAUAGCUGCUGAGCGCAAAUUGGGAUCACUAAAGCUAAGUGGAUAUUAAUUUGCAGACGGGCACAAGGAGCACACGUUUGCGGUCAGGUAUCUGAAGAGCAAAAAAAAUGGAUAGAGAUGACCCGUAAUCAUGUUACCAGAUUAUAUGUGCAAGUGUACCAGUAAAACCAGGCGCCCGAUGGUUCUGAAGGCGAUGAUACAAUGCAGUGGGUGCUGCUUUGGCGUACAGGAUCCUCUUUAUUCUCAAAGCAAGGAGUACAGAAAUGCUCAUGAAGAGAAGCCACCAGCUUUCUUUUUUUUUUCUUCAGUUUUUGUGUGUGGAGAUUUUCUUUUUAUAUGCACUGAACAAAUACCCAUCAUUCUAAGCACCUUAAUGCAAAUCUUCAAUCCUCAGCUGUAUAUACUUAUUUAGAAAAUGUUUAACUUUCUUACUUUUAAGGUGACUUUAAGAAAACCAGUUUGAAGAAUUUUCCCCAAGUUGUGCAAUUUCCAAAAUCAACGAGUGAGGAAAAUUGUAGUAUAUGUAUAUACUUCUGUAUAUUGGAAAGGGUUUAAUUGACUAUUUUUCUUCUUUUGCAUAUACUUAUUUAUGCCAGUGUUAAUAUUGAUAAGUGAGAACAAGACAUUGGUUCAGCUGAAUUCAGUAACGUAAAAUGUAUCACUAGGGUUUUUUUUUAAGAAGGGGGGGGGAGUAAAAGUUUUAAAAUGUUUAAAUAUUCUUUGCCUACACCCAGUUUUAAUGCAGUAUAAAUAUAACUUUCCCAUUGGAUGAGUAUUACAUACUCUGCUAUGACAUUCAAUGGAAGAAUCUGGUUACUCAACCAGUUAAGAGUUGUGAGCUGUAGCUGAACAACCGGAAGCCCUCAAAAGCCACAAGUUUUCUUAAUGUGAAAAAGAAAAGUGGGGGCUAUUAUGUGAUGGAAAAUAGUCCUGUUAAUGGCAAUGAAUUUCACAUUUCAUUCAAAUCAACAUUAGUUUUCUAUCCACUUUGGGGCUUGAGGCAUAAAAAAAAAUCAAACGGACCCUGGACUGACCCUCUCAAAAAUCUACUCCCUCCUAUCAGGACAUUUUAGUGAUGAAGUGAGGCUGUUGCUUUCACAGAUUGUGGUGUAGAAGCAGACAGGAAGACUCUUUAGAAGAGGAAAACAAAAUGGACUCUUAAGAUCCACUGUUGUGAUUCUGCUUUUUAAAUUCGCUUUGUGAAGAAGCUGGUAGUUUUCCUUCAAGACAACCUAGAAAUAUUUCAAAUAAAUUCCAUUUGGAUAGAUAUUCUGCCCACAUUCUGGAUUGUAUACUUGAAUACUGUUUAUUUCUGCCAUGCUGUUUCUCAUUCUUCAGCCAGGUAGGUUUUUGGUCCUUCGAUUGUUGGAAUAUUUUAAGCCUGAACAAGCAACUGCCUUAAAAGCCUUCAUUUUACG